AUGAACAAGUCUGAUACUACUCACAAUUAAGAGAACAUUGAUCCAAAUAUAGUUAGAAACUCUGUUUCUCAAUAAAAAAAAUUUACAAGAAGUUCAGGUCAAAAAACACCUUGGAGUGCUAAGUAAUAUUCUCUUUAAAUUUCGAUUAGCACUGGAGAAAUAAGUCAUUCAACCAAUGACGAUAUUGAGAUUUCUUGUUUCCAAGUAGGACCGACUAAAAUAUCUUCACUUUCGACCAAUUAGGCUCUGAUAUGUCAAACAAGAUUAGAGUAAUAUUUGACUUCAAAUAAUGUUCCUGAUAUCCUAUCAUACUUAGAUGAAUUUGAAGAUCUUGAUUGGGUUAAAUAAAAUUAUGUUACUCAUAUAAUCGAAUUAAUCGUAAAACAAGAGAGAGAAUAUUUAAAAUAGAGGAUUGUUGGAUUAACUGCAAUAUUGACAAGCAAAUGUUAUUUACUCAAUAGAUAAAUCAUCAAGAUGAUAUUUAGUGUGUCAUCUAGGAUUGGUUCACAAGAAGGUUUCUAUGCUUUACAUGAAAUAUAAAACCUUAUGGAGACAAUGAUUUUCUAGGAGGAACUUCAGUAAUACAAUUAGAAACAAUACUACCCUCUUAUUGUAUAUUGUCAUACACAUCAAUUAUUGUAUUGGGGAUUGGCUGGAGAAUGCUGGGAAUUACUAAAACUCAAAUUAACCAAAUAAAUUGAUGAGUCAGUCAAGGAUGAAUUUGAAAAGACAGCAUAGAAAAUCUGUGAUAUGCUUUUGAGAUAAUUAAUAGAAUUAAGUAGUUCAAAUAAUUAAUGGUAUCCAAUUUUCAAUUAAGUCUUAUACGAAGGUGUCAUUAAUUUGCAUCCAACUGAUAUAUUCUUUAAUAAACUCAUUGAUUAUGCUUUCAGGAAGUCUCAAGUUGAAAUGGCAGAAUAUCUGCUGGUAUUUAUGAGAGAUCAAGCCAAAAUUCAGCCCACUAUUGUUACUAUAAACACAAUGAUCGACUAAUACUUUAAGAACAACCAGAGAGAAAAGGCUUGGAAGACUUUUGAAAAUCUUAAAUUGACCUAAACAAAGCCAGAUAAUUUUACAUACACAACUCUUAUUAAUGGUUUAAAGAAUUCGGAUAAUAUGGAUUUGAAAUUGGCAUUCUCAUUAUUUGAAGAAUACAAAUAAUACAACCAGCCAGAUCAAAUCAUUUAUAAUUGUCUUUUAGAUGCAUGUAUUAAUGCAGGAGACUUGAAUCGAGGCUUCUAAUUGUUAAAUGAGAUGAAAUAAUCUUAAACCAUUUAAUUAGAUGAGAUUACAUAUAAUACAUUGAUAAAAGGAUGUGGAAGAAAGAAGAGAUUGAAUGAUGCUCUAAAUUUGUUUGAAGAAAUGAAAUUAAUAGGAAUUAAACCAAAUAGAAUUAGUUUCAAUUCUUUACUUGAUUCUUGUGUUAAGUGUAAUAAAAUGAAUAUUGCAUGGAGAUAUUUUGAAGAAAUGAGAAAACAAUAUGGCAUUUUCCCUGAUAAUUUUACUUAUAGCAUUUUAGUUAAUGGAAUUAAAACCAAUCACUCAAAUAGAGAUGAAUUAUUGAGGGCUAUAACUCUAUUGGAAUAGAUUCAAGAGACUGGGUAAUUCAAGCCAGAUGAAAUUCUGUAUAAUUCAUUAAUUGAUGCUUGUGUUAAAUUUAAUGAGAUCCAAAAAGGAAUGGAAUUAUUUAGAGAAAUGAAAAAUAAACAAAUUGAACCAUCAUCAGUUACUUAUGGCAUUUUAAUUAAGGCAUAUGGAAAAUAGAAUGAUUUGAAUGGGGCAUUUAAGAUAUUUGAAGAAAUGAAAUAAAAGAAGAUACCAAUAAAUGAUGUUACUUAUGGAUGCUUGGUUGAUGCAUGUGUGAGGAAUGAUAGAUUAGAUCAAGCAUUGUAGUUCAUAGAUCAAAUGAAAUCUUAAAAUCUACCAAUCAAUACAGUUCUAUAUACAACAAUAAUCAAAGGAUUUUGUAAAUUGAAUUAAACUGAAGAAGCAAUCAAGUAUUUCGAUCUCAUGAAAUAGUCACCAAAGACUUAUCCCAAUCUCAUAACUUAUAAUUCAUUACUGGAUGGAAUGGUAAAGAAUGGAUUACUGAAUUAAGCAGAUAAACUAUUUUAAGAAUUAGUUGACUCUAAAAUCAAACCUGAUCUUAUUACUUUUAGUACCUUAUUGAAAGGACAUUGUAGAAAAGGCAACAUGAAAAGACUCAAUGAGACAGUAUAAAUCAUGACAGGUUUACAAAUUAGUCCUGAUGAGUCUUUGUUACAAUUAAUAUUGGAAGCUUGUCUCAAUCAAUAGUAGUAUCAUAUAGGAGUUCAGAUAUUUGACCAGUUUUGUCAUUAGAUUCCUUAAUCCACUCAAUUGUUAUUGACAAUCAUCAGAUUGCAUUGUUUAGAUAAGAAAUUAGUCUAGGCAAUGUCAUUAUUGAAUCGUUUAUACUAAUUAAUGGACGAAAAUAGAGUUUAGCACUAAUUUUUAGAAUAAACAAUUAAUUCCUUAUUAUUGUAUUAGUUGGACGAAUAAGUUUAUCCAAUAGUUACUAACAUAGUAAUAAUAGCCUUAAAAAUGGAGUUUAAUAUAUCUAAUUUGGAGACCCUAAUAUCUAGUAAAAAUUCUUAAUUAACCACGCUGUUAUAAAACACUAGUCAACUUCCAUGUAAUAAGUUACUGCAGAUAAUACCUGAAUUGGCGAACGAGGAUUAGAAUGCAUGCAGAGAGUAUGUUAGGAAGAACAGCAAGAACGGUCUUAAAGAGCCAUUGAAUGAAUAAUUUGGGUAGGUAUUUUUGUAAUGUAACAACAAUAAUAAAAAGAGUAAGGUUUAAGAACGAUCAUCACCAUUCAACAAUGAGAACAAAGAGAACGUCUACCAUCCAAAGCGGUAGUAUAAUAAUUAUGCAAAGAACGAUUUGGAUGAGUUCAUGCCGAACAAACAAUACGCAAGGAGAAGAUGA